GGCCUAUAUAAGGUCCCUUCUUUGCCACGAAAAUUCAGACUAAUCAACAACUGAUAUUCUUCACUGAAAAUUAAUGGCAACUUCAGGCGUUAGAGAAGACAAAUACCGUACUUUCUUGUAUGGAGAAGGAGAGAAGAACACCAAAUGGAGGUUUGGUUCACCUCCAAACUAUGAUGAUGUCAACAAACUCUUUGAAGAAGGCAGGACUAAGGUAUGGCCAUCUGGAUCACUCGAAGAAAAAGUGCAGAACCUAGUAAAGACAUGGGAGAUGGAGAUGUUCCAUAAGACAUGCUUUGAUGAUUAUAAAUCAGUUGAUCCCAAGAAUUAUACUUUUAGCCUAAAUGGAAGGAAACCUGUAACUUUGGAAGAAAAGCGCAAACUUGGCGGAGGCUACAACACCUUUUUGCAGACUACUUUACCGGAGAAGUUCCGGGCCUAUAACCCUGCUGAAGAAACUGUGGAUUCAGCUCAUGUGGCUUUUACAACAGCAUUCCCUCGUGGGUUUGCUUUGGAGGUUCUCCAAGUUUAUUCAGGGCCACCGGUGAUUGUGUACAAGUUCAGGCACUGGGGUUACAUGGAAGGUCCGUUCAAGGGCCAUGCUGCAACUGGGGAAUUAGUAGAACUCUAUGGAAUGUCUAUUUUUGAGGUGGAUGAACACAUGAAGGUUGUGAAGGUAGAGUUCUUUAUUGACCGUGGAGAACUGCUUGGAGGUCUUAUGAAAGGUGCUACCUUGGACGGCUCAACAGCAGAGGCAGCUUCAACCUGCCCUUUCUUGAGGGGCACAGGGUAGCCAAACGAUGGCAGUGGUGAUAAAAAUGAAUGACUACGAUGGUUUCCCGGAUGCGGCACUCUAGUUUCCUCUAUAAUAUAAGCACACACCUUUCGAGAUGUCACUCCCUCUCUCUCCCUGUAAUAAAUUCUCAGCAGUGUUAAUGUGUGAUAGGCUGUUCCAUCCAAAUGCAUGAUGAAAAAUAAAAUUUUACUUCUCAGAAAAGCAAACAGUUUUACUAUUGAAUAAACAAGGAAAGAGUAUUCAAUCA